UGAGCCACCUGCUUACAGGUUGAGAAGGCCCAACCCGAAGAGCAAAGGUACCACAUCCAUGCCCAUGGCCCUGCCGGAGGGCCCAGCAGAUGGCAGCCUCCCCGAAGGAGACUCCAGCCCAUGUGCAGGCACUCCAGGACCCAGCCAGGGCCUAGCCAGCCCCAUUGCCCGCAGGCGGGCCCUCCUCCGUGAGUUGGAGGCCCAGGUGCAGGCUGCCUACGGGCAGGACCGGGAGCUGAGACCGGAGGAGAUUGAAGAGCUUCAGGUCGCCUUCCAGGAGUUUGACCGAGACCGUGAUGGCUAUAUCGGCUACCGGGAGCUGGGUGCCUGCAUGCGGACGCUGGGCUACAUGCCCACAGAGAUGGAGCUCAUUGAGAUAUCACAACAAAUCAGUGGUGGGAAGGUGGAUUUUGAAGAUUUUGUGGAGCUGAUGGGCCCCAAGCUGCUGGCAGAGACGGCAGACAUGAUUGGCGUGAGGGAGCUCCGAGACGCCUUCCGAGAGUUUGACACAAACGGGGAUGGUUGCAUCAGCGUAGGGGAGCUCCGGGCUGCCCUCAAGGCUCUGCUGGGAGAACGCCUCAGCCAACGGGAGGUUGAUGAAAUACUCCAAGACAUUGACCUCAAUGGAGACGGCCUGGUUGACUUUGAAGAAUUUGUUCGGAUGAUGUCUCGAUGAGCCGGUAUAGAAGCUGGAGUGGACCAGCGUGGAGGACCACAGCCUCUGAGCUGCAGAGGAUUCGUGUGUUCCAUGAAGCUCAUUGUGUACAGACUGUGUGCCCCUCCUCCCCAUCCCUGCCUGGGCACAGUGCCCUCGCCGGUCAUCGCCCUGUACCUCUCCCUGGUUUUCUGGCAAUAAAGCAUCUUCCAACUUG